ACCCCAUUUUCCUUCCUCCUCUCAUUCUCAGCUAGCUGGCUGCAAGGAAAAGACACUCACCCUAACCCUACUUCAGACGUACUCACCGGAAUUUCCAAUGGGAUACGGCCGUCUCCAACCCCCCGAUACCCGAGGUUCUUCCAGCUACAUAGGCGACCAAUCCCCGCCACCGCAAGCCCCACCGAGUAAAAGCAAGAAAAAGCUCAUCAUACUCUCCAUUCUCUCUAUCACUCUCAUCGCCGCCGCUGCCGUCUCCUCCGUUGUCCUCAUCGUCGGCAGGUCCAGUCCCUCGGCGAACUCCAGCGCCUCUCUCCUCCACCGCAAGCCGACGCAGGCCAUCUCCGACGCCUGCUCCAAGACUCGCUUCCCUUCUCUCUGCGUAGACUCACUUCUCGACUUCCCGGGAUCCCUGAACGCCUCGGAGUCAGACCUCGUCCACAUUUCCUUCAACAUGACUCUGCAGCACCUCAACAAAGCUCUCUACCUUUCUUCAGGGCUGUCGAAUCUCCAGAUGGACCCACGCGCCAAGUCUGCCUACCAGGACUGUCUCGAGCUGCUCGACGAUAGUGUGGACGCGCUCACGCGCGCCCUGACUACCGUCGCGCCUGGACGCGACGGUAGCGCCGGGUCUAGCCAGGACGUGCUGACCUGGCUGAGCUCGGCGCUUACUAAUCAGGACACGUGCGGGGAGGGCCUCGCCGACGUGAGCGGCGCGGUGAAAGAGGAGCUGGGUCAGAAGCUCAAGGACUUGUCGGAGCUGGUGAGUAACUGCCUGGCCAUAUUCACGGCGACGAGUAGUAAUGAUUUCUCGGGAGUGCCGAUUCAGAAUAGGAGACUGUUAAUGGAGCGAGAUAUUAUGGGAGAUAAUGCCGAUAUCUCCCGGGAUUUCCCGAGAUGGUUGGGCAAGAAGGAGAGGAGGCUGCUGGCCUUGCCGGUGGCGCAGAUACAGGCCGAUAUAAUCGUCUCGAAAGACGGCAACGGAACUUGCAAGACGAUCAGCGAGGCGAUCAAGAAGGCACCGGAGUAUAGUAGUCGCCGUAUAGUUAUUUACAUCAAGGCAGGAAGGUACGAAGAAAAUAAUUUGAAGGUGGGAAGGAAGAAAACCAACUUGAUGUUCAUCGGCGACGGCAAGGGUGUAACCACAAUUACCGGUGGUAAAAGCGUUUCCGAAAGCCUAACCACAUUCCACACCGCAUCCUUCGCGGCUACUGGAGCGGGCUUUAUUGCACGGGACAUAACGUUUGAGAACUAUGCCGGCCCAGCAAAGCACCAAGCCGUCGCCCUCCGUGUCGGGGCGGAUCACGCCGUGGUUUACCGGUGUAACAUUAUCGGGUACCAAGAUACGUUUUAUGUGCACUCGAAUCGACAGUUCAUUCGUGAAUGCGCCAUCUAUGGGACUGUUGACUUCAUAUUUGGUAACGCGGCCGUGGUGUUUCAAAAUUGUAGCAUUUUCGCCCGCAAGCCCAUGCCCUCGCAGAAAAACACCAUCACGGCCCAAAAUAGAAAGGACCCGAAUCAAAACACGGGGAUGUCAAUCCACGCUUGUCGGAUCCUUGCCACGCCAGAUCUUCAGCCAGUAAAGGGUAGUUUUCCGACGUAUUUGGGUCGCCCUUGGAAAAUGUACUCUAGGGUUGUGUACAUGUUAUCAUACAUUGGGGAUCAUGUAGAGCCGCGUGGAUGGCUUGAGUGGAAUACCACUUUCGCCCUAGAUACUCUCUACUAUGGCGAGUACAUGAACUACGGCCCGGGUGGGGCCGUAGGUCAACGCGUAAAAUGGCCAGGGUAUCGGGUCAUUACGUCCAUCGUCGAGGCCUCCAAGUUCACCGUUGCAGAGUUUAUAUAUGGCUCAUCAUGGCUACCCUCCACCGGAGUAGCAUUCUUGGGUGGCCUUUCGGUCUAAGUCUAAACUAGUCUCUACUUAAAUUGUCCCAUAUCCGUAAUUAGGUGAAGGUUAUAUUUUAUUGGCAAGUUGUAAGAAUAUAGUCUUUCUGCGUCUAUUUUUUUUGACAAUAUAUAAAAAUAAGUCGCAUUGUAUCCCUUUUUUGUUCAUUCAACUCAAUGAUGUUAAAAGCUAUACAAAUUUAGAAUUUA